GCACAAAGACCUAAAAUUUAGAAAUUUGGAUGGUGGGUAAUGUUCAAAAUGGAAAGUAAGGUGACCCACUUCGCAAAUCUCUUGCAGACUUGCAUAGACAAGAAAGCCCACCUUAUUGGUAAGCGCCUUCAUGCUCAGAUCUUCGUUAAUGGACUGUUCUCAGAUAUCUUUCUGUCCAACAGGCUCAUUGAGUUUUACUAUAAAUGUGGCAAUAUUUUUUCUGCUCGUCAUGUGUUUGAUACAAUGCCUGGAAGAAAUGUUUAUACAUGGAAUGCCAUUGUCACUGCUUUCUGUAAAGCUGGUAACUUGCAGGAUGCAAUUCAAUUGUUUAUGGCAAUGCCAGAGAGGAAUACUGUCUCAUGGAAUACUAUGAUUAGUUCGCUCGUUCAAAAUGGGUUGGAAAGUGAGGCCUUGGAUUACUAUUGUAUGAUGCAUAGGGAAGGAGUUGUGCCUACCCAUUUCACUUUUGCUAGUGUUCUGAGGGCCUGUGGUAGUCUGAUUGAUGUACGUCAUGGUAGGAGAUGCCAUACUACUAUUAUCAAAGUUGGCCUGGAUCAUAACAAGUAUGUGGAAAAUGCCUUGGUGGGUAUGUAUGCUAAAUGUGGGAUUAUUGAUGGUGCAAUUCGAAUAUUUGAUGAAAUGUAUGAACCAAAUGAGGUUUCGUUCACGGCUAUGAUGGGUGGGUUAGCGCAAACUGAUCAUGUUGAGGAUGCUUUGAGAAUGUUUACUAAGAUGCAUAAGAUUGGGAUUAAAAUUGACCCUGUGUCCUUAUCUGGCAUACUGAGUGUUUGUGCCAGAGGAGAAAGUGAGCAUGGGGUCCCAUGUUAUGUCCAUGGACUGCAAGUACACUGUCUCACUAUCAAGCUUGGGUUGGAAUUGGAUCUUCAUGUGGGUAACUCGUUGAUUGACAUGUAUGCUAAGAAUGAGAACAUGGAGAGCGCAGAGAUGCUAUUUGCAAGUUUGCCGGAGGUUAACAAUGUUUCUUGGAACAUUUUGAUUGCUGGAUAUGGUCAGAUGGGGAGAAGUGAUAAAGCCAUAGAGUUGUUGGGAAGGAUGCAAAGACAUGGUUUUGAACCAGAUGAGGUCACAUAUAUCUGUAUGCUUGGUGCUUGCGUCAAGUCUGGGGAUAUGGAGACUGGCCGUCAGAUGUUUGAGAGGAUGUCAAUCCCAAGGGUAAGUUCAUGGAAUGCUCUACUCUCUGGGUACUCUCAGAAAGGAAAUCAUAAGGAAGCCUUGGAGUUCUUCCGGAAGAUGCAGUUUCUGAGUGUACAACCUGAUCACACUACUUUGGCUCUUGUUCUUAGCUCAUGUGCGGGAAUGGGAUUUCUGAAGGGUGGAAAGCAGGUGCAUGCAGUCUUGACUAAGGCAUCUUUUCAAACUGACAUUUUUGUUGCCAGUGGACUUAUUGACAUGUAUUCCAAGUGUGAAAGCAUUGAGCUGGCAAGGUGCUUUUUUGACAGAAUGCCUGAAAGGGAUAUUGUCUGUUGGAAUUCAAUGAUUUCGGGUUUUGCUCUCCAUUCUUUACACAGGGAAGCUUUUACUUUGUUUCAGCAGUUGCAAGAGAAAGGCAUGAGACCUUCUCAGUUCUCUUAUUCUAGUGUACUCAGUUCAUGUGCUAGACUGGCUUCUCUGUCCCAAGGGAGACAAAUACAUGCUCAGAUAGCAAAAGAUGGGCAUGUAAAUGAUGUUUUCGUGGGGAGUGCUCUGAUUGAUAUGUAUUCACGAUGUGGUGAUGUGGAUGGUGCUCGCCAGUUUUUCAAUGAGAUGACCAAUAAGAAUACUGUUUCUUGGAAUGAGAUGAUACAUGGGUAUGCACAGAAUGGGUGUGGGGAGAAAGCUGUUGACCUCUUCAAAGACAUGAUUCGAUCAGGUGAGAAACCUGAUAGUAUAACUUUCAUUGCUGUUCUUACUGCCUGUAGCCAUUCUGGGUUGGUUGACGAAGGGAUCAAAAUUUUCAAAUCCAUGGAACAAGAUCAUGGGGUGGAGCCAUUGGCAGAACAUUACACAUGCAUCAUUGACUCUUUAGGUCGCGCUGCUCGAUUUGGUGAAGCUGAAGUGAUUGUAAAUAAGAUGCCAUAUAAAGAUGAUCCAAUUAUAUGGGAGGUUUUGCUGAGCUCUUGCAGAGUUCAUGCUAAUGUCAACUUAGGGAAACAGGCAGCAGAGCAACUUUUCCGGUUGGACCCACAAAAUCCAGCUCCUUAUGUGCUUCUUUCCAACAUCUAUGCUGCUUUAGGAAGAUGGGAUGAUGCAUCAGCUGUUAGGGCGCUGAUGGGUGACAGAUACGUUGUAAAAUAUCCAGGUUAUAGCUGGAUUGAAUUUAAGAAUGAGGUGCAAGCUUUUAUGGUUGAUGAUGAUCUCAGUAAGGUCGAUGAUGGGAACCCCCUUUCUGUAGGGAUGAUACAAACUGCCUCAAGAGGUGGAACUUGUUCUACAUGAUAUUAUUUAGUGUGGAACAGCAGUCUGGACACCUGAUCUAACCUGUCUUGAGCUGGGUUUGAUGCCUACAUGAUGGCUUGUCUUUUCUCUCACCAUCCAAGGAAGAAUACUUUGUCUGUCAAGGAGGCAUUCAUCAGCAAUCAUGGCAGAGUCUGUGAGAUCCAACUUGGUCAAACCAGUGAUCUUUGUCACCAGAACACGACGUUUGGAUACGAGCAAGUUUGAAAAUUUGCAGAAUUUGUACUGUGGAGGCUUCCUUGGUGAGUCAAAUUGGAGAUUCAUAAAGAGGACCCUGCAAACAAUUGAGAAUAUUGGGUUUAGUUUCCCGAGGAAGGUUUUUGAAAGUAAUGAAUUCAUUUUGGCACCAUCAACUUUGAUAUAAAGAUAAAUAUGAGACAUUGAGCCUGAGGGAGACUGGAAGCUUUACAAGAGAUUGGAUGAACAGGAUGGGUCUACUACAAAACUCAUUGUUGGUGGUAUAAGAAUGGAAAAUCUAUAGAUGAGAAAGGAGUUGAAGCCCUCUUGGUUAUGAGGUUUCAAGUGAGGUGGAAAUUACAAAUUAGAGCUCUAUUAUAAGGAACCCAGUUGUUAUGAUUAGGAAUUGGCUCUCUUGUAUUAAAUGGGCCUGAAGGAAUGGUGCAGACCUGCUAGACAAAUGAUUAUCCUGCAACAUUCCAUUUUGGAGAAAUUGAAAGUGGGUUGACUACCUCUGAAUGCCCAGUCAAAAUAAACCAGAAGACUGGAA